AGACGUAGCCUAGAAGAAGAACUAGAAGAAGUUUAAAUAGGACACAGCAUUCUCAACUCUCGGUGUGUGUGCUCUCAUGAACUUUUCGGCCACCGAUUCGAUAUUGGCAUCAACGAUAACAACGGUGAUUGGUGGAGCUGGAGUUUUGGCAGAAGCAGGCGAAGCUGAACUAUCUGGUGAUGAUGAUUUUUAUGAGCUGACUCCUGUAGAAUUGAUAAUAUGGUGCAUGCUGUAUGCAAUUAUAGCCUUCAUGGCAGUUGUUGGAAAUCUUCUGGUUCUCUACAUAACACUGUUCAGAUUAAGAGUCCGUUCCAUCACAACCUACUUCAUUCUGAACCUCGGAUUUGCUGACCUCUUCACUGGUAUUUUUGCGAUUCCCUUCAAGUUUCAGGCUGCUCUUUUUCAAGAAUGGUUCCUGCCGCGAUCACUCUGCCGGAUAGUUCCAUACGUGGAAACAGUUGCUCUGACAGUUUCAGUCUUCACACUUGUGACGUCAGCAGUUCAUGAAUUCCGUACAAUGUUCUUCUCGAAAUGCUCACAAAUGAGCCCAAGAUCUGCAAAACGAUGUGUACUUUUGAUAUGGAUAAUGGCGGUUCUUGUGUCUCUACCACAUGGAUUGUUCCAUAAUACAUACGAAUUUCCAGAUGACAAUAAUACUUCAAUUGUACAGUGUCUCCCAGUAUAUCCUGAUGCUGGUUGGUGGAAAACAUACAAUGUCUACCUUGUCAUAAUCCAAUAUUUUGUUCCAAUGAUUAUUCUUGACACUGCGUACACAAUGAUUGCUGUUAAAAUAUGGUCAUUGAGUCAGUCAAGAGUUGAACUUGAUGAAACAAAAAUGGCAACCCAGAAGAUAUCAGUGGUAUCAAUGGUUUCACCAAACACUCAAUUAUCGCAGCUUAUGCGUACUCUCAUCAUUGUCGUUGCCUGUUUCUCAUUGUGUUGGUUUCCAUUGGAGACGUAUCUACUUUUGAAUGAAUUGAAACCGGAAAUUAAUGGAUGGAAAUACAUCAAUUUGGUGUUCUUCUUUUCACAUUGGCUGGCGAUGAGCAAUUCUUGUCUUAAUCCAAUUAUUUAUGGACUUUACAAUACAAAAUACAACGAGGAAUAUCGUCGUUUGUUUCGCCAAAUUGGAUGCAUUUGGCAACGGCAGAAAAGUUUGGACGAUUCGAUGAAACCGGAGCGUCGUUGGAAUUCUUCAAAUGAUUGUCAAGAUCAACAGGAAAUUGAUCAAAUUGUUGAUAUUCCACCAGUUAUUUCUACAAAUAAUCUUUCUCCCUGAACGUGUAUUUCUUUAAUGAUUCUACAAUUUUGUGUCAAACAGAGUAAAUAAUUAAAUAUCAAUCAGAUCGACUUCUCAAGUUUUUGGUAUACAAUUUU